GCAAUCGUAUACGUGCGGCGCAGCGUGCGGGAUACGUCCCAUAAACACCACUGCAUAAUCCGCGUUAGCCAACGAGCUUCCCCAGCGCCCCCGCGCGUGCACUGGCGGCUUUCGGCACUAGCCAAGCCUUUAGGCGUAGACUGGGCGCCUGAGGCGCGGACACACAGCCGCACCGAGACGUUGAGCGUUUCAUCCGAGCUCACUCACGCGCAUCGCCGGCGGGACACUGCGCACGGAGCCCGCGCGCGUGGACACCUGGGCCCCUGCACGAAGGGCCCCUGCGAGACGGAAGCAGAUGGCAGGUGGAAAGUCAAACGGCACGGGCGCGGCGGACGCGCACGUGCGUACCUCGCACUUGACCCUGAAAGCUGGGGAGGACCCGCCCCCGAAUGUUCGCAUCUACAGUGACGGCAUCAAGCCGGACGCGCGGCAGAACCUGCUUGUUCAGAUCCUGGCCGGCAUCACGAUGUCGAUUUAUGUAGGCUUCAUGAACUAUUUCAUGCUGCUGGUGGUGCUCUCCUACUGGAGCCGCAUCUGCCGCUAUGUGGUCCUGGCGCUGCUAGGCACACUGGCGCUGCCCUGCAAGCCCGUGCUGUGGCCUGCCUUCAACAAGCUGUGGAUCUUCAAGACCUGGCGUCACUACUUCCACUACAGUUUCCUGAUUGAGGAGCCGCUUGACCCCAACAAGCGCUACAUCUUUGUCGAGUUCCCGCACGGCGCGUUCCCCAUUGGUCCCAUCGUGGCGGGCACGCUCAUGCAGACUCUGUUCCCGCACAUGAUGAUCUACAGCGUGGCCGCCUCCGUCGUGUUCUACAUCCCCUUCUGGCGCCAUUUCAUCACGUGGAUCGGCUCGGUGCCCGCAACGCCCGGCAACUUCAAGCGGCUGCUGAAGAAGGGCAGUGUGGCGGUGGUGGUGGGCGGCAUUGCCGAGAUGUACAUGGGCAACAAGAAGAAGGAGCGCAUUAAGCUAGUGGGCCGCCGCGGCUUCGCACGCAUCGCGCUGGAGGAGCAGGUGGACGGCAUUGUGUGCGUGUACUACUUCGGUCAGAGCCAAGUGCUGGACUUCGGGCCCUCCUGGCUGGCGGACUUUAGCCGCCGCAUGCGCACCAGCUUCGGCUACCUCACGGGAUGGAUGGGGCUGCCGGUGCCGCGGCCCAUCCCCAUCUACAUGGUGAAUGGGAAGCCCAUCCCGGUGCCCAAGGUGGCUCGUGACUCGCCCGAGUUCGACAAGGAGGUGGAUAAGCUGCUUGACGCCACCAUCACGGAGCUGGGCGAGAUGUACAACAGGCACAGAGGCGAGUACGGCUGGGGCGACCGCCCGCUGUCCAUCGAGUAGAUGCCCAACAAGUGGAUUGGCACAGUGGUGCCCUUGAAAUGGCAUGGCCAGAGUGAAAGCGGGAUGGAUCGUUGGAGAUGGUUAUGGAGGGGAGGAAGGAAUAUCUUGAAAAGGCCACGCGGAUGGGUUCGUGAGGCAUGCAGGGCCUUUCGGGUUGGAUGGGGGUCGCACUAGUCGCACGUGCCGCGUGGGCACGUGUGUGCCGUAAACCUUUUAUGGUAUGGUGUGUCAAGACUAGUCUAGACGUACCGAUGGCUAUAUGGUAGCUCAGCUAUGCGAAAAGCUGCGAAACGGGCUGGCAUUGCCUUUGGGUGAACGUGCAAGUGUUGUGUUUAGAUGCAAGGCAGGUGGAUGCAGUUGUAGGUGUAGCAGACCUUUACAUCAGCACAGUUGGCUAGAUAGGUCGCGUCAGCCAAGGAGGGAGCUCUGCGUUUGAUUGGGUUGAUGCUGCCAGCAGGCGGCAUUAAAAUGGACGUGGCAAGGGAGCAAUAGAGCCUUUGAAAGAAUGCCAUAUCCUGAAGACACACGUGCAUGACGCAAGGGUCCCGUUGCUGAGCUCCUGACUUGAUCAUCCCUUGGAUGCUGUCACGCAAUGUGCUUCAAGUGCGCCGCUACUAACCUACUACCGUAUGG